CACAAAAGCAAUUGUUUCCGGAAUCAAGCGAGAGAGGAGGUCUGAAAUUUGCAAUUACAAUUGCAUCGGUACAAACGAGAUGACCGGCACCAGUAGCAGAAUGCGGUUUCCAGCGGUGAUAAUCAUGAUAGUGUUGCUCACCGGAAUCAGCAGCAGCACGGCUUGGGCAAACGAACAGCCGGCGACGUCGAAGGCGGCGGAAGAGCCACCGGUGGCGGCGGCCCUGCACGGAACCCAUGCCGAACUCAAGGGCAACGACGAUGGAUACGAUUUUUUCUCGAUCGAUCAGCUGUUCAUGAACAACCCCCAGUACGCCAAAUUACUCAGCGAUCUCCAGUCGCACACGAUCGGAAGUAAUUGGCGGCGGAAGCGGGACGUUGGCGAUGAGGAACCCCUUGCGGAGAGUCCCGUAGAAACGCCGGAAGAGACGAGUCCCACGGCUCCGAUCGCCGAAGUCACCGAGGUAACCAAGGACAUGAUGGAGGCGAAGGAAACGAGCGAAACGGUGGAGGCUGUGGAAGGUCGAACGACUCCUCUGAAGGCUUCGAGCACGAUUCAAUCGACCACCUCCAGUUCGUUUGGAUUUUCCGGAUCUACCGAGCGGGCGAGCGAAGAACCUGCGACCAGUGCGGCACCGAUCCGCAGCAGUACCCCUCGGCGGCUUAUCCACAACAAGAACAAGAACAAGAACAAGAACGGCAACAACAAGAACAGCCAGAACAAGCAGCAGCAACAGCAAGAUUCGACCAGUACUUUGACCGCCACGAAUGUCAACAAGUUCACGGUGACCAACUCUCCGUCGGCGACUUCCCCACAGUUGUCCUCGUCGCCACUGUCGUCGUCCUCGUCGUCCGCCGCCAUCUCCACCUUGACGACCAACGCCGCCAGCAGUAGCAGCAACAUGGCAGCAGCCGCCGCAGCAGUGGCCAAUGCCACCUCAGCCAGCAACAAUAAAGAUAAGGUUGGCCUGGCCCCGACCAAGUACCACUACUACCCGCACAAUCAACACAUCUACUUCCUGCCGGAGUGCGCGAUUCAGCAGGUCUGCAACGCUGUCUACGUCCGGCUAAACUACACUCAACCCCUGUGUGCCUGCCCUCCUCGCUACCGCGACCCGUGCUCGGCCAGUUUGAACGAGGACGACAACCACACGAUCAAGUUGGUCGGCAAUGCCCAGCGGAAGGCCGUCACCCUGGCCAAGACCUGCGAGAAUACCAACGAGCUGCGCGAGUGCCGUGCCCCCAAGGACUGGUCCAUCCUGGCCCUACAGAACUCUCGAACCGGCAAGUCGCACUACCUGGUCAUCUGCAAGUGCCCAACGCACUUCCGACUUGAGGGUCCACUCGCUCACGAUCAGCCCACGUAUGCCGGUCUGCCCGGAAUCAACGUGUACGGUAUGCUGUGCGUCCCACCGGAGACCUACGCUCCGAAGCCACUGAAGACGCCCAGCUCCCAGUCGAUCUACAACAAGUGGAAGGUCCGACCGUCGCCAGUUUCCUCCUACCGAUCGUUCCAGAAUGCCACCAUGACGACGGCGGACGCAGAGUGAAGAAACGAACCCGUCAACCCCGCCUACUAGGCGGUAGGCAGAGUUAGAACACGCACACACACACACAACUAAACUAAAUACAAUUUAACUGAGAGUUAGCUUCAUUCUCGACAGCCAAACCGAUUAGUCUUCGUGAUUAGUAUUUAUUAUAUUUUUUGUAUUUAUUGCAUGAAGAGUAUUUAUUUUAUUCGGAAACAAAAAACUUCCACAGAGUUGGAAUCUAUCGUUUAUUUUCGGUUCGGAGAGUUGAACGUAUGGGUCUUUAGUUUGCCACAAAGAGGGAAAGUGUACGGCAUGACGAUCAAGUCUUCCGACAAUUUUAUGAUAACCCAAACGGUCCAUAGGAGAACGCUACGAAUGUUGCGAACAUUUGUACUGCGCUUUCCAGUCGAUUGAAAUGACUACAUUUUUUAAAAAAUAAAGACCUUAAUUAGUCAUCCUCUUGGGUGGGUCGCUUUGGUGAGUAGCUUUUUCGCAAGGUGCUCGCAUAAUUCACAGCAGGCCAGGAACGCAAGACGAUGAUUAAUUAACGGAAACCCCUUUUUUAAUGGAACGAAAAACCACUGUUAUUAGUUUUAGAGGGAAAAGUUAUCUCACACGCACAUGUGAAAACGAAAACAAACGAGUGUACGACAAGAGAAAAAAAAUAAGAAUUGCACCUUAAUAAUCGCUCACAUCUCUUCUUUCCGCUUCCACCACACGGCGAAGCAGGCGUCGACGAGGUCUGCAAUAUUUAAAAACAGCAGGCCUUGCUCGUAGAUCAAGCACCCACCCCCCGUUCCCGCCUUUAUUCUGCAAGUCGAGUGACGUCAAGUCGAAUCGACUUUUUGGUUCAGUCACAGGUGUGUCACAAGACUCGCAGAAUAAAGGGAACCACCUUUUCGCACACCAUUGUUGUUUCUCUGUCAUGUUUAAUAAGCACUCAACGCCAUCUGCAACCCAGGGUAACACAGAUGUCAAUGAAAGUAAAAAUCCCGCAAAAAGUAAAGAUUAAUCUUAGACUACAUACACAGCACAACAGCGCUCCGCCCUUUGUGUCCUCCUACAGCGGACGAGGAGGGAGCGCUCCGGUAUCACUUUCAAGAAAAUUGGCUUGAUCUCUCGCCCGGAGGUGGAGGUGGAAAGAAAACAAAGCAUCCAGCUAAAGUAUAGUAAACAAUGAAGAAAAUGAGAGUCACUUACUCACUCGAAACCCGCACACACGCACAAACAUAAUAAUAGUAGAGAGCCAACGUAAGGAAUAGCUGAGCGCACAAGCGAGUUAUUACUUUAUUAUAGAAGGGCAAAAGAGUUUAGUUUCAUUUUAAACCAUUUCCAUUUACUGUAAUUGCAGAGUAGAAAGAAGAAAAGGAGAAGAUGAAAUUUUUAGAUAUGAAUCAAAGUUGGCGAAGAGCAAGAAAGCUCAUCUGUCCGUCAUCCAGAGUGCAGCACUCCCGUCAAACCUGUAUCAAAAUGAACUGUAAUUCCAAUCAAGCAAUCGAACUGAACCUAAUUAAUCAUGAGAAAAUUAUAAUGUUAACAAAUGAAGCUCCUCAAAUUGCACCCAACCACUCAUGAAGAUGAGUAAUUUUCUAAAUUGCGAAGUUUGACGUGUAAAGCUAAACACUUCCGCCACAAUUAAAAACCAUACGAAAAUUGCGAAAUCAUUAGUUAAGCCCUAAAAAGUGAAGGAAAUGAGAGAGGAAACUCUGUUGUAAAUAUGUUUCAACCCGCCUAUCUCUCCCUUGUUCUCGCACCCCAAUUUUCCUACACCUAUGUACUCUCCGAAAUCCCAAAACCGGAAAGUGCCCUGUCCAAAAUUAAAGAGAAGAAAACAACCGAUAAUUGUACUUUUUAAUCAUUAGUUUUUUUUAACAUUAAAACACACAUACAUACAUAAGUACGCGCAAGCUAACGAUAUUAAAUUAUAACUCUCCUAGCGAGCGCAAUUAUUAUCCUAAUAACUACAAUUUGAGAAAAAUCAAACAAACAGUAGCCGGAGAAAAUGCAACCGCAAUCCAUAAACUGACAGUGAAGGAAA